AUGUCUGCAUAUCUCCGUCCCACGGUCAAGGUGGCAAGUGCUACAGUCCUAGGAGCGGGCCUAGCUUACACUGGCUAUCGGUAUUGGAAUACCACUCACUUUUUCUUCAGCACCGCUCAUGCAGAAUCACCCGCAUCUGAUCCAACAGCGGCCUCGAGGAAGAUGGAGUGGAAGGGGUUCACAGAGCUCAAGCUGCUUCAGUCUGAGAUGAUCAACCACAAUGUCAAGAGGUUGACCUUUGCUCUUCCGGACGAUCAGACGGUGACUGGUAUCUCGCCAAUCACUUCUCUUUUGACAAGGCACACUCCAGAAGGUGCUUUUAUUCCCGUCUUCCGACCCUAUACUCCUGUGAGUGAUAGUGACUUGCCGGGCACCGUGACUUUCAUGGUGAAAAAGUACCCGAAUGGCAAGGGCUCAGGCAAGAUGCACUCAUUGAAGCCUGGAGACUCGAUGAAGUUCAAGCCUCUGCAUGAGUUCGACUACAAGCCAAACCAAUUCUCCAACAUGACAUUCAUCGCUGGGGGCUCAGGCAUCACACCUAUCUACCAACUUACAAGGUCAAUCCUCAACAACCGCGAUGAUAAAACCAAGAUUGCAUUGGUUUACGCCAACAACACCGAAGAAGAUAUUUUACUUCGGAAAGAGUUCGAUGAGCUCGCACAGAAGUACCCAGAUCGCUUCCAGAGACUCUACACUGUCAGCAAACUCAGCCCCAGCACCGACGGCCAAGUGGAGCAAGGAUACGUGUCCAAAGAAAUGCUGGCCAAAGUUAUGCCGCACAAAUUAAAGGUGUCAAACACUAAAGUGCUUGUCUCUGGCCCUCCGCCGAUGGUUGAGGCCAUCGCUGGAGCAAAGGGUGGCUUCGGCUGGACCCAAGGCAGCAUUGGUGGCAUCCUAGGUGAGCUCGGAUACACCAAAGAAGAUGUCCACAAGUUCUAG